AAGAAAAAAUAAAUAAAUUAUUUUGUAUUUUUUGCUACAUCGAGUUAAAAUUAAUUGCACGAAAAGACGGCCCGUGGAAACGAGAAAAGAAUUCAACGUUUACUGCACCAACCUAUGGUAUGGCCACGGAACGGAUAUUAAAACCAGAUGGUUAUUUGGAUGUGCCCAUAGACAACAGUAGCAGCAGCGGCACAUCCAGCAAAACAUCCAAAGCAAUUGAAGCAGAUGAAGAGACCAUUGAGACCCGAAGUAUUGUGUACCAUCCAAAUCUGAAUGUGAUUUUGGUCUUCGACAGCCUCAAUCAUGUCAAAAUUCUCGAUGUGCACUCGGGAGUUGUUUUGCAUCACUAUCAUUUUGAAUCUAACACCAAUGUCGAUGGAUAUUUUAUGCCAUUGCAAGAAAAAAUACUUUUAACAGACGGACGUGUUCUUGGAUUUCGAGGCGACUACAAUGGUGUAUUGCUUUUGGAUACGGUUUUGCAGACACCCGUUCCCAACAAUGAUGAUUGCAUACAAUUGGAAAUGUUGCUUUCCGAGGCAAUAUUAUUUCAGACAUGUCUUAAGGACCUAGAGCAGGAUAUUGAGUGUCCCUAUGAUCUGCAAAAUGAGUUAAUGGAAAAAAUAAGAAAUGCCCAGAGUAAUUCCAAAAAAGGCAUAAAAGCACAACGGUGGAACACCAUAUGCUUGCAGGUUCCUUACUCGAGUCUCAAAUUUGUGGCCAAUAAUUUGGUUAUAAUGCUGAAAAGGCUAGAGCGCCAUGUACCAGCAUUGGCCAUUGCGUCGGCCAUAAAUGAGCGACUCAUUGAUCUGCUUGCCGGUGGCCGCAACUCGGAUAUAAGUUGGCAUUGUAACAAUAUGCAACGUGUACUCAUGCAUUCAGAAGCCGUGCGUAGGCAAACAUUUGAAAAAUGGCCUCAUAUGGACUACAAAUGGGCAUUGCCCGACCAAAUGGCUCAGGCGGGAUUUUAUCAUCAGCCUUCCUCGUCGGGUGAGGAUAGGGCAAUGUGUUUCACAUGUAAUGUUUGCCUAGUGUGUUGGGAGAAAACCGAUGAACCUUGGAGUGAACAUGAACGUCAUUCGCCCAUGUGCCCCUUUGUGAAGGGGGAAUACACACAAAAUGUUCCGCUGGCCGUAACCUAUGCCACAAAUCCAGCAGUUGGGUCACCGGGUGCACUUGGCUUUGAUGUUGUGUCUAACAGCGACUAUGCCAAUGUAUUGUGUACCAGUUGUACACAGACUGGCGAUGUAACAAUUUGGAGCAUCGAACGUCAUCUAAAACAAAUGCAUUGUUUUAAUAUUUCCUCUCUGAUGAAGGAAAUUCUUGGUGGUGGCGGCGGUGUUGGCAACGCAGGUGGAGGCGAUCAUGGCACUGAGGAUGCAGACUCAAGCUACGAAUGGACCCGUGUCACAGCUAUGUGCGUGCUACCUAAUGCACGAGCACAAUAUAAAAUUUAUGCCAUGAAUUUCACGCAAGCCGGAUCAACAUGUUUGGCCAGCGGUGUAGCUGCAGUAAGUGGAAAUCUACCGCCACCAACGGUUACACCCUGUACAUCCACCUCAACUAUGAGAGCUGGAGUAGUGGGAUCGAAAAUAAUUUUGGGCCUAAGCACACGUAAAACCACGGGUGAACAUUUGUUAACAAUGGCCGUUGUGAACAUCGUCGAAAGUGACAAGCCAACAAGUGAAAAUAAUCGCAGUAAAACUGAAAAUAUGUUGAAUGCAGGUGGUCUUGGCACCACUUUAAAUACAAAUUUGGAUAACAACAACAAACAAACAAGUGCUUCGAACAGUGUAAAAGCAAGCGGCGAUCCAUCGAGCAGUACUGAAACUCAUCUCAACAAAAAAUAUCAUGAUGAACGUGAUGAGAAAUCCCAAUGUACCAUUUUUGACAAAUACUCAGAUGGCAUUGACAGCAAUGGCUUUGUGGCUGACAUAGUAGCUGCUUCCACUCCCGAUCCAGGCACUUCAGUUGAAAAAUCCGAUUCACCCAUGGAUUAUAACGAUGCAUAUUUGGAAGGUGAAUUCAAGAAGAUGGCCGAACAAUUUAAUGAUCUUUAUCAUCUAUUUGAUUACAACUAUGGCCAGCCAGUGGAGAGUAGUUCAAUAUCUGGUGUGGGCGGAAGUAGCGGGCCUAGUGUUGCCCCAGAGGACAUGGAAAUGGAUAUUAACUAUUUUAAGGAGAAUCUACUUGCCGCCGCCAAAAAUGUACAGAAACCCAAACCCGCUUUAACCAAUGACUCUGCAAAGACCAAUAAUUCUCCUAAUCCUGAACCAGGUAGCAGUUCUGCUCCCAAGGUAAGCAUUAGCGAAGAUAUCGAUUGUAUAGUCGAAAGUUGUUGCGUGCUGAAGCGCACCAAUGGUCUAAAACAAGAUGGUGCUGUUUCGGGAGGUGCAGAAGAAGAACUAGUGGAAAUAGCCGAAAUAAUACCCACCAAUAGCAACUGUAAUCAAUUAUUGGUUAAAUUGGUGAAAACUAAAGUUCAUCCCACCAGCAGAACAGCAAGCAACAACAACAAAAUGAUAAUUACCGAAGUCCUCAACACAGAAUGUGCUGGCCAUGAAGAGUGUCAUGAUGAUGACUACACCAUGAACGAGGAAUGCCAGUCUAGCAAGUCAGUGGGUGGCCAAUUAUUGCUUUUCGAUUGCAUCAACGGUGUCAUACCCAAUGAGCACAAAAUGGCCAUGACCUUUAAUCGGGAGAACUAUCCCAAGCAAAUAUGUAUGUUACCAAACUUCCAAAAUAUUACCAUGCCUACGGAAUCGAUUUUGCAGUCGAAUGUAUGCAAUACCAAUCCAAAUGCGGGAGCAUUUUGCGUCGUUUGUGCAGAUGGAUCCAUAGAAAUAUUUUCUUUGGCUGAUUUUCAACGCAUCAGUACCAUUAAAGAAGAGGAACAUCAUUUUGUUUCAGUAGCCUAUUGUCGGAGUCUCGAAAGACUAUGCUGCUGCACUCGCCGAGGCUCAUUGAUAUUCUAUUCACUUAAUGAUAGCGACAAUGAGUCUGGCGAUGAAAUGAUCGAUAUGGAAGAGGAAACCUGUCCCACAUUGGUGGUAUCCAGCAAUGAGAUGGGCAGCAGUGAGCGAUGCGUUACGGAUGGUGUAACGCCCCAACAACAAAAUGAACAACAGUUGUCAUUUGGCGGCGAGACAAGUUCUACACCGGAAUCAGGCAAUGGACAAAAAUGUAACAUACCUGUGGCUUUAAUCACCUCCAUUAAAGUGGAUUGUGGGCCAAGUUCUAUGCAAAGCUCUGGUGGUAUAUGCCAAUCAUCACCAUCACCAUCUUCGACAUCUAUGAAUUCAGCCACUUCAAAUCUGUUAGCCUAUCGCAGUGGUGAUUUGUCAUUGGAUGAUCUGCGUACGCUGUACUCCCUGACCCAAUUCGAUGAAAAAGUCGUGCUGUAUACAGCUGAAGUUCCCAGUUGUUGGAACGAUUUGGUCCAGGCGCAAAAGCAAAGGAAACCUUCACAGCACACUUGGCGUCUACACAAUGAUGCUACCACUUGGGAUGAACAUAUUAUUGAGAUUAAUCUGUUGCAAGCUGCCACUUUGGGUCAUAUCGACUUAAAGUUCUCGCUGUAUCAGCAGUGCCAUAACCCAGCUGCCAUACAAGUGACCUUGUUGAAACAAAACACCAGCGGGUUUGGUUAUAGAAUGAAGGGACCACAUUCCAGUUUUAAGCAUCCAUCUUCAGGGGUUGGUGGUUCGAAUGAAACACCUUCUGGCAGUAAUGAUGGAAAUAAUGAAAAUCCAGUACUGAAUGAGGAAUUUUUGCAAACGCACAAUGCUGAGAUUCUAGCCGGUCCAAUUGAAUUGUCCUCCUGUAUUGAUCUCUGCGAUCAAGGUGGCUCGGUUAUACUAACAUCGCCCAAAUUAUUUAAAACACGCACCAGAAAUUUUUUGCUGCACAUUAAAACAAUGGGUGAUCCAGCUAAAGAUGGUCAAUGUAAAACGAGAGGUAAAAAAAAUCUCAAAACUUGUUUGUCCCUAAUAUUAUUGCUCCAACAUGGUGAUUGUUUUUGUUCUACAGGCUGUGAUUGGUUGCAUGAAAUUUCCAUUUAUGUACGCAGUGUCAAAACACAAGCACACAUUCCCAACGAACGUCUACAACGCAUAGCCAUGCUGGAGAGCAACCAAUUAUUGGAUAGUCUUUUCAAAAUUAUCAGUAGUGAGAAAUCCACCACAUUAAUGCGAAAUUAUGCCCUAGACAUACUAACUUGGAUAUGUUGCAUACGUUUGAAACGUUUUCGUUCGCCAAAAUCGGAACGUAACAAGGGUCAACCGAUUCUGGCUCAACAGCUAGAGUGUAUAUGUCAGGCUGAAAAGUAUUUGGAAAAUACUUUGCGUCACUGCAUCAUACACAGCAAUCGCAGCAUGGCCCAUAAGUGCGUAAAGUUAAUGCUGAUGUUAACAGAUGGUUUUUGCAAUCUACCGGCAAACAUCAAAAUAUCUUCUAAAUUGGAUAUAGCUUUGCGUAAUGCCAUAUCCACCACAUUUAAUGAACUGCCCUUUGCCAAGCAUGCUAGUGUUGUACGUUGGUAUGUAAUGUUGGCCUGUAUCACCUCGACAAACAAAACCUACAAUAGCAUAUCGGAAAUGUGUGUCAAAUUGUUAGUGGAUAUAUCGGAAGAAAUCAAGAGGCGUUGGGACCCCUAUGGAGCUUUGAUAGGCACAAGAUUUGGCCUUUAUGGUUUCCCCUUUGAGCCCGAUAUAUUUGACUAUGAUUUGCCUAAUGUCAAUAAGAAUAAUGUGAACUUUUCUUCUACCCUGAUGAAUAUUAUACGAAAUAAUGCCGGUCUUGUACAAACUGCGGGUAUAGAUAUCAAAAAGCUGUGUUCAAUUGAUGGUGUUGAUUUUCGCACCUUUCCCCAUUUGAUAAAAUGCAAAAGUGUUAGUAAUCAACUGCGCGGUCUUCUAGAAGUGGAGCAAUUGCAUUUCAGUUGUGCUGCCACAUCGGAAGCAACGCGUAUAGACAACAUGGAUACUGUUUCCUCUAGUGCCAGCACCUCGAAUGUUAAUAUGGAUGAUUUGCUUAUUGCCCCCAUGGUUGUUGAAACGGUUGACCAGAUGUAUUCGGAGAAAAUGAACGAUAUUUACAACAAUGUCAAGAACAAAGCAAACAACAUGGUUGAUAAAAUAAAAUUUAUAAAGAAACUGGACGGAGAACUUGUGAAUCUGAAACCCAAUGGAAUUGGACCUAUCGAAGUAACCGCCGACUGCUUAAACGCAAAUAGCACUGAUAAAACUGUAAUCGAAGAAAGUGCAUCAAGUAAAUCUAAAACAGGAAUUGUAGCCAGUGCACCUACCUUGCCAAAGUUUAAAUUCAUAUGCGAGUACAUUGAUCAGCAGUUAGGCUCAUCAACUGCAAAACCACCAUCUGAAGCAAAAGACGAAGAUAAGACAUCUGGCGACAAAUCACAAUCCCAAUCCUCUCAAAAUGAUGUUGCGGCAGAUGGUAGUUCUUCGACAGACAACUUAAAUUCAAAUUCCACUACGGUGUUUCCAUGGCAUAAAUUGUUAUCGCCGCCACCAAAGCAAAUGAUUGUUAUCGAUCGCAUGCACUCAGGUGCACGUCGAUUUGUAGUGCUUGAUUUUGGUUCGCCCAUUCUUUUGACGGACUUGAUUAUACCAGCCUGUGAUGAGUUGGCUUCACUGCACAUUGACAUUUGGUGUUUCGACGAGGAAACCGAUUGUGUUCGUUUAGUGGUGGCGCCUGAUAUUGGCACAAAAACGCUUGUUUUAAGUGAUAUACAACCACCGCCCAUAUGUCGCUACAUGAAAAUUACCAUAAUGGGCCGUAUAGGCAUGUCUUCGACCAAAUGCAAGAUUCCUUUGGGCUCAUUUUUUGGUCAUGUUAUAAUUCUAGAAUCCGACGGCUAUGGAGACUUAUUCAUGAACUAUAUGAGCCACAAACCCCAAAAUAUACAAGCUCAAUUGAAAGCAUUAACUUCUUUGCACGAAGAUGUACACUGUCGCUAUAGUUUGGCCAGUUGUAAACUAUUGGAGCUGUUAACACCGCUACUUAAUUCAGAUGUCUCAAAUGUUGCCCAUAUGCAGGCCUUCAUAAAUAAACAGCGAAGUGAAGAUGAUACCACAAUGACAGUGGAGGGGGGCAAGAUAACAUUAAUCUAUGAGGAAUGCAUUGUCCUGCAACAUGAAAUAAAUGUCAUAAGAAAUGUCAUCAAUCGCUUGGAAUCCUCUCUUAAGCCCUCUUCUGAAGAAAACAUAGAAAAUACUUUUGAUACAUCCCAUGCUUUACGCAUGGCAUCACGAGACAAGUUGCGUGUACUGGGCCAGGCCUUAAUAGAAAUUUUACUCAACUUUUCCAUUGAGUAUAGCAUAAAGGAUAUGAUGGCUAUGCAACAACUUUUUACUGCCGAUGUUGCCAAUAUGUUAUUCAAUUCAUUUGUGGUUUAUGGAGAUGCUCAUAUACAGUUGGCCACUUGCUCAUUGUUGGUGCGCAUGUGCUGUGUUCAAAGUUGGUGGGGAGACUUUUUAGCCAAUAUAUUUUGUACAUUGUUUUCUUCACAAAAUAGUAAAAUAUUCCCACAAGAUCGCAUUUUCUUUUUGUUGACCUAUUUGGGAAGACGCAGUAUUUCUAUGGGCAAUUGUCGUUCCAUUGUUAUCGAUGCCGUCUUGAAAACUUUAGCCAAACAAUUGGCGCCGAUUUCACCACGUUAUCAGGAGGCAACCAGUUCCGGUCUAAACAUGCCAAACGAAGAAACUUCGGCUAGUGGUAGCUUAUGCACAAAAUCAGAUUUGCAGCUUAUAACAUGGUUGCUGUUAUUCCUAUCGGUUUGCUUAGAUGAUCGCAAAGACAAAUCUGCCAAUCGUUGGGACUUUAUGAGUUGUGAGACUGAUUUUGCCAAAACAAGAGGUCAAUCAUCGAACAGUUCAGGCAAGCAAUUGAGAUGUUUCAAGAAACGCAUUAUCCAACAGAAUAAAUACAGUGCCCAGCCCUAUACAGAUUGGGGAAAGAAAAUCUAUAUGAUUCAAAAUGAGCAUCCUGGAAUAUUUAUGGAGAUUACCGGGAAACCCAAAUCAUCCAAUAAAUCUAGUAAAAGCAGUAUGUUGCCUAAACCAAGUAAAGAUACACAACAAGAACCGGAUAAUAACUUUGAUAAAGGUCUUAAAAACAUAAGACUUAACAAUAUAUUAAUUGUGAUAAGAGGCCUAAUAGCUUUGCUACUCGAAAUGGACUUUACUUGCAACAUGGAUCAAUUUUUAUUAACCUGCAAGGUUAUUGCUCGUUUGGUAUCUGCUUGCCGACCAGCAGUACAAUUAUCAAAAAUAAUCACCAUCAAUCAAUUGGAACAUUUAAUUCGUAUGGCUGUGUGGAAUGACCAGCAACAGCCCUGGGCUGUACAUGCCAUUACAUGUCUUUUGCAGGAUCUUUUGGAUGCUGAUAGACACUACAAAGAUAAUGAUGCCACACCCACUAACGAUGGUCAGAGAACCAUGGAUGGCUUUCAGGAAACAAAGGAUUUAUUUGCCGAUUAUACAUCACACUAUAUGUCUCAAAAUAUGGGUUCUUCACAAUCAACUAGUAGCGAGAUCCCCUAUUCGGACGCUGUUAAAUACCCAUAUUUACCUUCGCUUAUUGAAUGCGAGGAUACCGAAUUCGAUGACAUUUUGAAUGACAUCGAUGUAAUGGAACGCAACAAAUCGGUGGCCAAGAAGGAUAGCAGUAACAUGAAUAAAAAUACCGUCAACUAUUUUUGCAAAUCCAUCUCAAGCGCAAUGGAUUCUCGUUUGGAUGUUGGUCUCGACCUGAAUGUGGAGACAGAUCUAAGGCGCAUUACAAUGGUCUCUUCUUUGGAUAUGUACUCGUCGUUGCCUCAAAUUGCGGCAAGUGAAUUUAAGACAACCUCACCAGAAGUAGCAGUUUGGCCGGAUUAUGUGGCUGAUAUGUGGUCAGGGCCGGAAUAUAAUUGUGGCGUCAAUACAUAUACCAUGUUUAAGAAUGUGUUUGAUUGCAUAUUGGCCGAUUUACAUUUGGAGGAAACUUGGGUUCAUCUUGAACAAGUUCUACAAAUGUGGCUAACAUUGAAUGGCGAAUUGGCUGAUAAGCCCUACAAUACAGGUAUUUCUAAUACGGAUGUGCCCAAGAUACCCUUUGGGGCCAAUGCCAUUCAAGGCCUUUUGUUGGCCUUGGCUUGGUACAAUGAUGUUAAGCUAAGAACCUGGUGUUUGGGUUUCCAAUGUCUUCUAUUGGCAUGUAACUCACAAACCUUUGGUCAGGAGGAUGCUGAUAGGACCCGCAUCAAUGAAGUCAUUGUCAAUGAUGAGAAUUUCGAGAAAAUGUUACUACGCUUUUUCUCGGGCUAUGGCAUGAGCUCGGUGAUAAUAACCAAUCGUUGUGCGGGACCCACCAUAUGCAAACAUUUGACUGAGCUACUUCAUUGGCUUCAUCGUAAGGGAGAAUCCACUGAUGGUGUCAUAUCCUGCAAACGUAAACUUAAAGAUACUCUAUUGCAUGUGAUACUGCAAUUGAUACAGCCGGGUGGUGCCAUAAGCAAUCAAUUAGGUCCCAUCGAUGCUCAAAGUCAAUUGGUGCGCGAUCUACUGACUAUGCCCAAUGACAAAGCUGAUCUGAAUAUAUCUCUGAAUAUAAUAGAAUGUGUUUCCUUCUUGGUAUUCAAUAACAUUUCCAAUGGCGAUAAGCUGCAAUGCCAACGCACCUCAGACACCAAUAAUACUGGCAAUGCAUUCAGCAGUUUAUUUGCCAAUGUACUGGGUUCGGAUCACUCAAAGCAAAAUUGUCCCAUUUCGGAUAGUUCAUUGAUAAUCAGUCUUCUUCGGCUAUGCUCAUCUUUGAUACAAACUGAAUUGCCGCGACAAUUGAUCGAUGUUACCAUCCCGGAAGAAGAAGAGCUUACAAGUGUUUGCCAAACGGAUGAAACAAAGGCGGAACAGUUAAACAUCGAAGGACACCGUGUCAAAACUCCCUGCAUAGCUGAUACAGUUUUGCGUCAUUUCCCAACCAUGAAACGUUUGCUGGGUUCACUGUCUCAUUGUUCGAGUUCAUCGUUUACCUUGAUGUCACCAUCUGAUCUAUAUGGUACACAGCCAGCUAUAACAACAUUCUUGCUAGAUGAACCUCAAACUGCUGCUGAUGCUGUUUUUAAUAUGUUACUGACGCUUUGCGAAAAGGCAUCGAAUUCCAGAUUAAUUGUGGCUCCCAUAUGCCAAUACUUGGAAGCAUGUACAUCACAGCGUAGCACCUUACCGCGUCUACAUUUGUCGGAGCCCCUUUUAUGGUACAUAUCUAAAGUUCUGUAUCUGACAUCGUCGGUGCAGAUAUUUACACAGCUGGGUGGCAUCGAAAUCAUUUGUAAAAACUUAGUCAAACUAAAUAAAAUUCUUAUAAAUGUACAACCAGGCUUGAUAUCCAUGAUAAUGCAACACAUGACCAGAAAUGCCAAACUGAAGUUAGUCUCUCAUGCCUGUGCCAAUGGCAAUAAUAAAAAAUCCAGCUCAAGCAGUAGCCAAAAUCAUCGUUAUUUACAAGAUGGUCUCAUAAAUUUUGCUCCCUUCUGCACUAUAUCGGCAGAAAAUGAUACCGCACAAUCGGCAGAUAUACUUAUCAUGAAUCCGGUGGCUUCCCACCGCAGACCUCGUACACCAGCCUGGAGUUAUAUGUUCUAUCCCAAUGAGUCUCAUGCCGAUCUCACUAUUACCCUACCGACAGCUAUACUGCUGCGAGAAGUGCAAUUGCAGCCACAUGCACCCACUUUAGCUUCAUGCCCCUCAGCGGUGGCCUUGGAGAUCUCUAGAGAUUUUGGUCUGGGCCAUGUGCCAGUGGGACCACCUUUAACCACCACUGGUAUGACCUGCAUACGUUUGAAGCUAGCCAAACCCGAAAUUGCCACAAGUAUUGUAUUGAGGCUCUACAGGCCAAAGGAUAGCCCCAGCAUAGGCUUGACACAAAUAGCAGUUUUGGGCAAUACUAUCUUUUCACCCCAGAACAAUAAUGGUGGCCUAGUAUCGAAUGCCAAUUGCAAUGCAUCGACAUUGUCAUCAUUCGAACAGGCCAUGGAUGAUGAUUCUUUUGCCAAAACCAGCGUGGGUUGGGUACGAAUUUUGUCGCGUUGUUAUAGUGUGGCCUCAAGUGUUCCAUCUUUUUCGAAACUAUAUGCUGAUGUGAUUGGAGCUUCGGCUGCUUAUCCUGGUUUUCUGGAUGCCUGCUGCUCCCUAAUGAAUAUCAUGCCCAUGAUACCCAAUGCGGCAGUGCAAAACCUAGGUUCGGUAUUGCUGCAAUUGGGAGCCUACAGCCGUGAGCUGUGUCUUCAAUUGAUACGCACCCUAUUGUGGAAUACUAGCCCACAAAUUUAUAAACUUUCAAACGAAAGUAUUUGCGAUCUGUUGUAUGAUUUGUGCACCACCAAAGAUGCCUAUGUCAUGGAUAAGGUCAAAGUUCUGCUCGAAUGGAUAGAUCAUUUGAGGCAGAACUUCAGCAGCAGCAGCACUGCUCGCUGCAAUAAUCCGCAAAGUGGUUUUGUCAAAUGCAUUGCCUCCAUUCUGUGGCAUAUAUACGAGGACAAUAGUGUGACCAAUCUGCCUGAAUUGAUUACCGAGAAUGUAUUUGAUGCUUGUAUGCAUUGGAUAGAUCGUUUGGAGAAUGAGGAACCCUUAAAGGUGGCCUUUGAUUCGCUGCUUUGUUCAUUGUGUUACAUUAAACCAAAAUUCUUCAAUCACAUGCUCUUAAGGCUUAAUGUGAAGAUUGCCCAUAUUGCGGAUAGCAGUGAUGUGCCUAAUGAUCCCAAUUCCGAGACCACGGAGACCAAAUGCGGUCUGACAGAUGAUAAUAAGGAGAUCAGUGGCAAGGUUUGGUAUGCCAAUGUGGCUGCGGAUAAUUUGUCAACAAUGUUUGCUCAUCCUUCGUAUUUGGCCACCAUAGCCUUGGCUUGCCAAUCAUCCUAUGCUGUAUUUCAGCUGGUCGACUCAGGAUUGCCAAAAUUGUUGGCCUAUGCUUUGUAUGAGUACUGCUCAAAUUUGAUAUUGCAAGAGCAUAAUGCGCAAGAUGCCAGAAACGCUCAACAAAGAUCAUCACCCGUCGAUGAAGCAUUGGAUGAAACCCUGAGCAACACCACCUCGACCACAGAAAAUGCUUUGCCUUCCUCCUGCAUGACUGAUGCCGAUAAGGUUGCAGGCGAUCAAAUCGAAGAGAUGCAAACAGAGCAACAUGACAGCAGAGAAAAUCAGCCACCAUUAAUGACUUUUGAAUUGGUGCCUAAAAUUUUAGAUUUCUUCUCAGAGUGUUGUGCAGAGGGUCAUAUGCGCGAUUGGUUGGGCACUCAACAGGGCUCGAUAUUCUGGAAACCUUUGCUGAAACUUCUGUGUAAUCAUCGACCCAUCGAUUUUAUAUCCAACUUACCGUUUGCCGCAUCCUCAAAUGAGCCCACGCAGCAAGCCUUCAUACGCAUCGAAAGGGCCACCAUCAAUUUCUUUGCCCAUGUAACCGCCUGCCACCCAAACAAUCAGAAUAUCCUAACCAUGCUUCUCAUUGAAGUGAUACGUGAACCCUCUGUUUCAUUGGGUGCCAGUGGGGGCAUCAAUGCGGAUGGUAGUAACAAGCAUACCAUAUCCGGUUUCACACGCCAGCUGGUAUUGCAAUUGUUGCUGGAGAAUGAGCGCAUACUGGUGUCGGUGCGAAGUAAGCAACCUUUGCAAAAGAGAGAUCCCCACACGCCGUUUGUGCCAAUGACAAUCAAUUUAUCGUCUAUAGCAUCGAGCAAUAACUACGUUCCACCUAGUAGUGUGACCAUAUCAUUGGUAAAUCAUCAUCCGGCAAAACGUAUUAACCAGCAUCAUCUACUGUUUUCUGUCAGUACGAACACUAAAUGCCAGGAGAUAAUUCACAAUUGUCUAUCGGAAAAUCGUCGCAAUGAUGGCAGUGGUGUAAAUAAUGUAAUCGUGGCUGGUCCCAGCCUACCAAACAGCACAAGCUGUGAUAUUCUCAAAGAAGAUGGUGAAAAGAAUCAAAACGACCCCUACAAGGAUAUAUCUAUAAACUUCAAUGGUCUCGAGAAUGGCAUGGAAUUUUUAAGCGUUGCAGCUGGCGUUACUGCCAAGGAUAAACGCAUUAAGGAUGCCAAAAAUCAAGUUGCAGCCAACAAGGAAAACAAGAAAAUGGUGGCAAAUUUCUCAGAAUACAUCAAUUUGGAGGAAAUUUUAACAGGGACAAGUACCACUUCCAGUACUGGCAAUUGUGUUCAGCUUGUUCAUCGUGAUUAUCCAGAUAUACAGAUUGGAAGUGAUACCUCAAUAUCUCAGUUGUUAGCAGCUUUGCAAAGCAAAGGCUAUUCUUUAGCUAAACCUUGCCUGUCCCUCGAUAUGAUCUCCGGAAAAGGCUCUCAAUCAGAAGGCUGUGAGGAAACUUUAACGGUAAAGGCCUCAUCGGUGGAACCUUUGCCAUCACCAUUGCAGCGCUUUUCAAGUCGUGGUGGCUUGUCAUUAUUGGCGCAGUAUUUACCUACGGUGUAUCCCGAAAUUACAUCUCGUAAACAUCAAAAUAAUGCACCUGAGAAAGAGAAAAGUCCUCCCAUGAAUGACUGGGUCAAACUGGAGCCAAAUGAUGAUAUCUAUGAGGAUUUGGAGGAUCCCCUGUCGGAGCCUACAACCAAGCAGGCUACUAUAACAGCUGUUCCACAACAUUCGUUGGCAGCAUUUGGUUUGUUUUUGCGUCUUCCCGCCUAUUCAGACGUUCUAUUGCGUGAUAAGCUAAGAGCCCAAUGUCUACUUCGUUUAGUUUUAGGCGUUACCGGCGAUGGAGAAGGCAAUGACAUAUAUAGUCUGUCCUUGGCGCCCACAUUGCCAACACUGCCCUUCGAAGUUUUCCGCCAACUAUUGGAUAGUUCACCCUUGACCACAGAUGAUGGCAUGCUAUUGCGGCGCAUGGUUAUCGAAGUUGGUGCCAUGCAUUUGAUUUUGAAUUGUUUGAGUAUAUUUACCCAUCAUUCACCUGUUUAUCCCUUGGGUAGUACCCAGACAGAGGUUGCAAAUACCAGUGGUAGUGGAAGUAGUGGCAAUGGUAAUGCUAAUGGCAACGGUAAUGGAAAUGCCAUCAAACCACCUUUGAAUGUGGCCGAAGAUGCUGCUUUAGCUACCUCUGAUGAUAAGGGUCAUAUGUAUUGGGCCAAGGGUACAGGUUUUGGUACUGGCUCUACUACACAAUCCUGGAAUGUGGAACAGGCUUUGCUGCGUCAAAAGAGUGAGGAGGAACAUGUUACAGUCUUAUUACAGGUUCUUGCUAGUUAUGUCAAUCCCGGUGAUCGCAUACCAACAGCGGAAGAAAUGCCAUACCAUGAGAUAAUGAACGAUUCAAAUGAACUACCCAAUGAAUUUCUGUCACUACUGAAACAAUCGUGUCUCAUUCCAGCGCUUAGUUCCUAUUUACGCAAUGAUUCCGUACUUGAUAUAACCAGACACAUUCCAUUGUAUCGGGCCAUACUACAGUUGCUGAGAUCCAUAUCAUUAUCACAGGACUUGUUAUCACUAUUACAGCCACAAAACAUAGGUGAAAGUUCACCUUCAAUAUCUGAGCUAUUGACAAAUAUGAAAACAUGCGUGGACACUUAUGCAAAACGUUUAAAAUUGAAUAAAAAAUCCAACAUUAAAGGUCAAACCCAACAAGUAACUGUGAAUAUCGAUGACGGUGAUGAUGAGGGCUUAGCCCUUCUCAUACCUGACAUUCAAGAGACUACUGUUUUGGUACAGAAAACCACCCAAAGAUCAGGCCAGCACCAACAAAAUCAAGGAAAUGCCUCUGGUGAAUGUGGACAGGGGCUUGACAUGGAUCGUCCAUUGCAAAGUAAAUCAAUUGAUGACCGCUAUUUGGAAGUCAUGAAAAAAUUACAAUUCGACACAUUCGAUAUGAUCGUUGAGGCUGAAAGUAAUGGCUAUCGUUUUGUUGUCUCGCAUCAUUUUGAAAAAAUGGUACGAAUGGCUGGCGAUCGUUAUCAUCCAUCUCGUGUUAAACGUUUGGCUCAAGAAGCUGUUACGCUUUCCACAAGUCUGCCGCUGUCCUUUAGCAGUUCUGUAUUUGUACGUUGUGAUACUGAUCGUCUUGAUGUCAUGAAGGUUUUGAUUACUGGACCAGCAGAUACCCCAUAUGCCAAUGGUUGCUUUGAAUUCGAUGUGUUCUUCCCACCAGACUAUCCGAAUUUGCCUAUGCUUAUAAAUUUGGAAACCACAGGACGCCAUUCUGUACGUUUCAAUCCCAACCUAUACAAUGAUGGCAAAGUGUGCUUAUCGGUAUUGAAUACAUGGCACGGCCGGCCCGAAGAAAAGUGGAAUGCGCAGACAUCGAGUUUUCUGCAAGUGUUGGUGUCCAUACAAUCAUUGAUCUUAGUUCCCGAACCAUAUUUCAAUGAGCCCGGUUUUGAGCGAAGUCGUGGCUCACCGAGUGGCACGCAUUCCUCACGCGAGUACAACAGCAACAUAUAUCAGGCAUGUGUACGCUGGGCUAUGCUGGAGCAAAUACGAAAUCCUAGUCCAUGCUUUAAGGAUGUUAUACACACCCAUUUCUGGCUGAAACGCAAUGAAAUUUGCGCUCAAAUAGAAAAUUGGAUAGAGGAACUUUGUAAGCCUCAAUGCAAUGAACGAAGUAGUCGAACAAUAUCAUUCAAUUCCAUGGUUUUGAGACGGCAGUACCGUCACUUGCGCGAAGAAUUGGCCAAACUGAAGGUGCCCGAAGGUCUGGAAGAUUUGGAUGCUCCCUUCAACCCCAAUGUAACUCUACCAGCAAUGAGUGAAAGUGCCAAUAACAGCAGUAGCAAUUAUGGAAGUGGGCCUGCAUAUAACACAAGCAAGCCCCAAACGGACGCAUCUAUGGUUUCCACCAGCACCGCCACUAGCAGUUCAAGCGGCAGUGGCGCCAUUGCAGAGACAAAGUCUAAUCCAGGUUCUGAAGAAACCACCGUUGAAUCACUUAGUUCCACAUUGUGCAGUGGCAGUGCGCCAUUAGCACCACUCGAGAUCAAUACAAAUCAGCCAUUCAUUAGUUGUACCAUGGAUGAUGACAGCGAUUCGCCAGCGGUUUUGCCACAGUCAACUUUACCCGCCCCAGUUACGGCGAAAGUUAUCACCGUGGACGAAACUUCGAACGAGGCGGAUGGUGAGGAUGGAGACGAGGAAGAAGGCGAUGGUGAUGACAUAAUUGUGCCCGAUGAGGAUGGUGAUGCCAACGAUUAUAAAUGUAAUACCGUAGACGAUCUAAUGGAGCAACUGUUCUUUGAUAGCUCGGACAACACCAUGCACUAUGAUGAUUAAUGCAAUGCUGCAAUCAAUGUCACCAUUCGUGUUGUGAAGCCGAACAAUACCCUUCUUUCUGUCCUUUCCCUCCCCUCC